AUGAGUACGAGUGCUGCGGAUACAACUGAAACCGAAUCAGUUCACAUGAGUUCCCAUCUUCCGGGAAUCGAAAGGCUCGCCGGUCGCGACAACUGGCCCACGUGGAAGUUUGCAGUGCAAACGUUCCUGGAGUUAGAGGACCUUUGGAGUGCGGUGAAACCGACGGAAAAUGCAAACGGAACCAGACAAGCAGUUGAUGUCGCGAAAGACCGUCGUGCGCGAGCAAAAAUUAUUUUACUCCUCGAUCCGAUCAACUAUGUGCACGUCAAAGAAGCGGCAACGGCUAGAGAUGUUUGGUUAAAACUCGAGGACACAUUCGAAGACAAAGGGCUGACGCGAAAAGUCGGCCUCCUACAUAAACUUAUUAGGGCAGAUCUGACAUCCUGCUCAUCCAUGGAUGAAUACGUCAAUCAGAUUGUAUCCACCGCACAUCAACUAGAAGGAAUCGGUUUCCCUAUAUCAGAGGAGUGGAUCGGAACAUUGUUGUUGGCCGGUCUUCCGGAAGAAUAUCGUCCGAUGAUAAUGGCCCUCGAAAACUCGGGUAUUGCCAUCACCGGAGAUGCCAUAAAGACGAAACUGCUUCAGGAACUGAAAUUUUCGACUCAAGAUUUAGCACUGGCAGUGAACAGGAAGCAAAAGUUCCGCUGGAAUAGACAACUAAGCGAUUCACCAGAAAGCGGCGGGAGCAAGCACAAAAACGAUCUUCCCAAAGGGCCGAAGUGUCGGAAAUGCCAAAAAUAUGGGCACAUUGCUCGCGAUUGCAGAAGUUUCAAGCAGGCUAACUUGUCGAAAGAAUCAUUAUGCGUUGUGCUUUCGAUGAUUCCAUCUGGAAAGGAAACGGACUGGUUCAUUGACUCAGGUGCAAGUGUGCACAUGACCAGUCACCGCGAGUUUCUACAACAUGUAAAGCCGUCAUCCGGAGCAGUAGUAGCUGCUAACGGAGGAAACAUGAAAGGAUACACAAUUAUCUUUACAAUCGCUGGAUGCCAAGUAAUUAACCGGAAUGGUGAUAUCAUUGCCACAGCUAAGCGUGAAAACGACCUCUUCAAACUUGAACAACGGCAACAAGAUACCAAGAUCGGAUUGGCUUGUUCGUCUGCGGUCGACUUGGAAGUUUGGCAUCAGCGACUAGGUCACUUGAAUCUAAACAGUGUACGCAAACUGGCUAGUGGGAUGGCGAAAGGUGUGACGAUCGUAGGAGCUGAUCCUGGUGAUUGCAAGGUGUGCCCGAUGGGUAAACACUAUCGGCAACCGUUUAGCAAGAGAGGUUCGCGUGCGUCCGAGGUGCUCGAAGUAGUUCAUACUGAUAUUUGCGGACCUAUGGAAGUGAACUCCAACAGCGGAAGCAGAUUCUACAUUGUCUUCGUGGAUGACCGAUCGCGAAAAAUGUGGGUGUAUUUCUUAAAGACAAAAGCGGAACCAGAAGUUUUGAGAGUUUUCAAAGAGUUUCACGCACUGGUGGAACGUCAAUCUGGUCGCAAACUGAAAGUAAUACGAAGCGACAACGGGAGAGAAUACGUGAACAACGGUUUCCAGAGUUACCUGAAACGGCAUGCAAACCGCAAGAGAAACGUCGAAAUAAAUAUAGUGCAAUUGGACAUCGGGGAAGAUGUGGUGCCAAAUGUAAGGGGUCCGGAGAAUCGAAUCGAACAGAUAGAUGAUGACUCCAACGACGAGAAUUUUUUCGACACGGACUGUGUUGGGGAAAUCGACGACAGCGUAACUGAAUUCCGCGGGUUUGACGAUACAACUGGUGCAGUGAUCAGUGAUUCCGUUGUGCUCCCACCGCAAACAUCUUCAAAUCCACCGCAAUCACCGGUGUUGAGGCGCAGUGGUCGGGAGCACAGGCGUCCAGGCAAGUACGAUGAUUUUGAAGUUUCAUACAGAGAUUUGCCGCCUUCGAAUUUGUUACAGGAAACCUUCUCAGAUGUGCCCAAUGACGAUGAGAGUCAGUAUGAUUUAUCUGAAGGACCCGAUUCCCAGGGUCAGGUCAACCACAAGUUGAGCUGUGCAGUAUCGACAGUCAGGAGUCUAUUAAUUGAUGGCGAUCCUCUUUCUCACGAUGAAGCGCUAGCUCGGGAGGACUCAGCAAACUGGAAAAAGGCUAUGUUUGACGAGUACGAGGCGCUUCUAGCAAACAACACUUGGACAUUGACUGAAUUGCCAAGCGGAAGGAAAAGUAUUAAGUGUAAGUGGGUCUUUAAGACCAAGUACGACGCAAAUGGCAAUGUAGAUCGGCACAAAGCGCGUCUAGUUGUGAAAGGCUAUUCGCAGCGAAAGGGAGUUGACUACGACGAAACCUACUCUCCAGUAGUUCGUCACAGUUCUCACCUGUUUGCACUUUCCGCCAGGUAUAAUUUGCCGAUGGACCAAAUGGAUGCCACUACUGCGUUCCUUCAAGGCGAAUUAGAGGAGGAAAUUUUUAUGGAACAGCCACCCUGCUUCGAGAAACCAAAUCAACGAGGAAUGGUAUGUCGUUUGAAUAAAGCUCUUUAUGGUCUGAAACAGUCCAGCCGCGUUUGGAAUGCAAAGUUAAAUGCAGCUUUGAAGCGUUUCGGUUUAAUAUCCUCGAAGUUCGAUCCAUGUCUCUACUAUCGGAUCGCAAAAGGAAAAAUUUUGUUUAUUGCUAUCUAUGUUGACGACGUAUUCAUUGUCUAUAAUGACGAAGCGCUUAUGAAUGAGAUCAAGCUGAAGUUGAGUGAUACAUUCCGCAUGAAGGACUUGGGACCGAUCAGCAGCUGCAGGACGCCAAACCGGUUUGAACUCCAUCCAAUCCAAGUAUAA